AUGGCCCAUGACCAGACUGCUUCCAACCUCGAGCUCCUACUCGCAUCGUGUGAGGCGCAGAUUGAAAGGAGCGAAACAAAUAACAACCAACAGUCGGACGAUCUCAACACCAGCCAGCGCAGCGACAGCUCGUCGAGCUCGGUGCAGUUCAUCGGCGUGCAUCGCCCGGUUCGUAACAUCCACCCGCCCGCCCGCUACGCGCCCUACGUGGACAUUGGUUCCGCACUGAAGCGCAUUCGGCUGAAGCAAUUGCAGGAACAGCAACAGCAGCCGGCGGUCCCGCCCGCCUACCCGAUGCGCUUGAACCCGGUGCCCGAGCCGCACGUGAACUCGUUCUUCACCCCCGGACGCCCCCUGGCCCCCUAUGGCUGGUGCCCGCCGAGCCAGAAUCUGCAGCCUCAGUCUCAGCUCAACCGCUCGUUCGGCUCGCAGUCAGUGCCGAAUCAUCGAUUCGCCGGAAACCAAGGAAUGGCUCAGCCACAAGUCACUCAGUCUUUCGACAGGAUGUGGAAUAUCCCACAACCGGCAAGGGCUCCCUUUGAUCUGGCCAACCGGGGGGACGGCAAUUGGGGCCUCGAUCAGAUCCAGCCAGUCGCUCAGGCACAGCAGAGGCCGGCUACUCCCGUUUCUAAGUCGCUGAACAUUGCGCCUCCGGUGGAGAAAACGAUGAAAACACCACCACGGCGCAGCGGACGUCCCAGCAAGGCUAGCAAGAACGGCAAACAACCACCAACCCCCCACGCCGGCUACCCGCGCUCUCUCGAGGACGCCUUGGUGUGUCAACCCAGCUCGUCCGCCACGUCCGUGAUCAUCGACGGUCGCCCGGCGCUUGUCCAAUUUUUGCCACCGGCCGACGCCCCGAGCACGUCCACUGCCCCGUCAGCGCCUAGGCCCCGCGGCAGGCCGAGGACCAAGGACCGCACGUCGCUGGCUUCCAACAAUAAGAAUAAUAACAAUCAGAACCCAAAGAAGCCGCCGCCGAUGUCGGAGAUGCGCACGCCACAGCUGCGGUCGGGCCAGAAUCCGAGGAAGCCACCGCCCAUGAGCGCCAUGAAGAAUCCGGUGCCGGCCGUGCGAGACGCCCCCGUUCCGCCGCCGGUGAUGGCCAUGCCAGCCCCCGUGCCACAACCACCGCCGAUUCAGCCGGUCGUCCCGCCGCCCGGAAUGACGCCGGAAAUUAUUGAGGCGUUCAUGGCCCUCCUCGCGCAGUACCUCGCCUACUGGCGCCAGCCUGGCGUCCAAGCCGCCGGCCACGUUCCGCCCCCGGCCGCCAAUCAU